CUCAAAUUAUAAGGAUAACCAGACUGAAACGAAAAACCACCAUGAAAACAAACAUGACGUCAGCAACGGUGAACUUGCCAACAUUCAGACCACCGUCCAUGUUUUUAGCUCGCAACAUCUUUUUUCCCACACCAACAAUUUCAAUAAACAACAAAAACAACAUUAAAUCAUCAAUUAUCUGCAAUUGCUUAAACCCCACAACAACAACCGAUGACGUGUCAGCUGCGGCAAAAGAGCUGCCACCGCCGGUGAAACAGAAACGGAAAGUGUACCGGAGAAUGCGUCCCGGUGAAACGAAAGGGAUUACUGAAGAAAUGAGAUUUGUUGCCAUGAAAUUGCGUGACAAAAAACUUAAACUUAAAACUGAUAAUAUGAAACAAAAAAAUAAAAAUGAGAAUAGUGAGGAUAAUGAGGAGGAGGAGAAGGAGAAUGGGAGUGAGAAUAGUGAGAGUGAAGACGAUGGUGAGACGGAUGAUGACGUGUCGUGGGAGCCCGAAUUAGACGGGUUUAUGAGGUAUCUUGUUGAUAGUAGGUUUAUUUUUACUACGAUUGAGCGCUUGGUUGACGAGUCUCAAGAUGUUUCUUUUGCCUACUUCAGAAAUACCGGAUUGGAAAGAUCUGAAAGUUUUACAAAGGAUAUAGAUUUGCUUAGCGAACAGUUAACUAUCCCGGAACCUCUGUUUACUAGUAAAAAGUAUGUGAAGUAUUUGGAGGAUCUUGCAGCCGAAAGCCCUCCUUUGUUUUUCUGUCAUCUCUACAAUAUAUACUUCUCCCACAUGGCAGGUGGCCAAGUGAUUGCGAGAAAGGUAUCUGAAAAAUUACUAGAAGGAAGAGAGCUCGCGAUUUGCCAGUGGCCAGGGGACCCCGAAGAGUUAUUGAAGGGCAUGAGAGACAAGCUCAAUGCUCUUGGACAGCAUUGGACACGAGAUGAGAAAAACAGAUGCUUAAAAGAAACAAGCAAGUGUUUCAUGUACAUGGGGACGAUAAUUCGUCUCAUCAUCAUGCGGUAAACCAAAACGUUCAUUCAUUUCGCCUCUAAUAUAUUGUGCUUUCCAAUCGGAUGGCUGGAGUCUUGGAUAUUUUUCUUUGGUGAGGGAACUGGCUGGUGUUGCUGCAACAUUAAGGACUAGCAUUAACAAAACAAUAGAAUAUGCCCAACUUAAAGAUAGUUUGUAGGUGGCAGUAGCUUGUAAUCAUUUACUUGGGAUGUAAUAUCUGGUUUAGAGAGGAUCGGCAUUUUGGGGAGCCUGUAAAAAAGAAAGCUUCCUUUCUUUUUUCUUUUAGAGGACCGCUUUCAGAACAUUAAUUUGAAACAAAUUCCAAUCUUA